UCCUGUUUUGCAGCAGACUCUUUCUUGACUGUGCAGUUGGAGGGUCUAUUUUUGAAGAGCAGCAGCAGCAGCAGGAGGAGGAUGUGGUCUCUGAAAUGUUUACCUCAGCUGGUGCCACUCCGCUCUGGCUGACCUGAGAUGAUCUGGACACUGAUAACUGCUGGUGUGGGAGCUUUGGACCACGGAAGACCAACAGACGGACAGACGGCGUGGACUCACAGCUGGUUGUCCCAUCGGUGGAUGCAGGGAUGUUUCAGCAGGCGAUGGAGCAGAGUUCAUGCACCGAGGACCGUAUCCAGCAUCUCCUGGAGCGCUGCCUCUACCACUUGAAUCUCAACUCACCUGACAGACACAUCUGGAGGGCUGGACUGUGCAUAAGCCGCUGGUGUUUGGAGGAACUGGUGAAGAGAGAUCCCCACAACUUCCUCAUCGUUCUACAAAAAAUACUGAGGAAAACAGAGGAGGUCCUGGAACAGAGUCAUCAUGAGCUGGUGGUGCCCCUCACUCUCCUGUUCUCCUCUGCUCUUCUUAGAAUUCCUUACAUGCCUCCAGAGUGUAAUAUGCUGCAAGAGGCUUAUCGGCUCUUCCACAGGUUUCUCUCCUGGCCUGAGCCAUGUAGCUCCGCCUCCAAACGCCUGCUGAGCAUCAUCCAGCAGGAGCUCCGGGCACCAGGUAUUUCGUUUCAGCGGAUGCUCCGGACAGAGCAGGACAUUCCCCACGACAACACCCACUCUAAAUCUAUUGUGGUGCUGCUGCUGAACCCAGAUGAAGACAUCCCUCCAGAGGUCCAGCUGGCUUCUGAGCAGCUGAGCAAAGCCUGCAGCUCCCCUAGAGACAUAGCAAUCACUCUGAUCCUGCACAGCUUUCAGGCUGUUCUUGGUGCAAAACAUGAUCUCCAAGCCGUCCACACUGCUCUGGAGGAAAAGCCGACUGAGGAGCUGCAGCAGCUUCUGAAGGCCAUAACUGACAGAAUGGAGACUGCAGCCUCUGCAGGGGAUCACAGGACCGCCAGAGAAGGUCUGAUCCAGAGCAUGGAGAGGAUCAGUGAAAGCCUGGCUGCUCCGGCUGCAGGGACUGACCGAACAGAGCGUGAUUUUGAGACUUUCGAGGUGACCUCACCCAGAUGUCACAUGUGUUUGUGGGAGGACGAGAGCUUUGAUUUUCUGAGCGGCAUUCUUGCGAGUGAUUACUGCCCUGAUUGUCCAGUGGAGAGCUUCCUCAAAGCAGCAGCAGCAGAUGAGGAAGACCAUAUCGACACCAGUAUGGACGAGGAAGAUGAGCUGGACUCAAACACGGUUGAGGUCCAAAGCUAUCGCAUCUCCUCAGCAUCCUCUUCUUCCAGAGACUCCACACUUUCCAGCCACUCUCUGUCCUCCAGCUGGUCUGUGCCAUCCGCCUCAUCGGGGGUGGAAAGUGACUGUGGUGACGACCCAACGCCGGAGGACUCGGACAAACCCAGCCAACCAGAACCUAGAAAGAAACCCAAGAAGAAGUCCAAGUCGCUUUUGGGAAUAGAACGAUUUGCCCUGCUUUUCAAGACUCCCAUCAGCCCCAGCAUGACCCGGCGUGCGCAGAGCAUGGGUUUCUUCGACAUCAACAAAGACUCCCAAAGAAGUGGGUUGCAGCUCAAUGCCCAGAAGUCCGUCACACGACCAGCUCGCUCUCCGCAUCCGCCCACACCUCCAACAGAACCGCUCAGCUCUCAGAGGAACCUCUGCGUCCGCAGACGGCCCAUCCUGAGCUGCAGCGAGGACAGUCUGUCAGAGGUGCCCACCCUGGUCAAGGUGGUGAUGUUCGGUGGAGACAGAGAGGUGGGCAGGCUGGCCAGAGCGUACUGUGAUUUACAGCAGAAAGAAAGCAGAUGUCCUCUGCUCACCAAGAUGUGCAAACUGCAAUUUUACUUUGUUCCUACCAAACGCAGAACUGACAGACACUCAGAGACGGCCUUGAGCAAACCAACUGGCUCUGUGGAGUCCGAUGUUCCUACAGGGGAGGAAGGUUCAACAGACGUUUGUCAGAUGUUGGGCAUGAUGGAUCCCUGGUACGAACGUAAUGUCGUCAGUCUGCUCAGCCUGUCAUCUGAAGUGCUCUGUCAGGUUGCUCCUAAAGAGGACCGUGUGUCCAGAAACAAGACAGAACGUCUCGCCCUGCUGGCUGACAUGGUGCUCUAUUACUGCAGACACGCAGAGCAGCCGCUCCUCAUGCAGCUCUACCAAGUUGAGCUGACUCUGGCUGGAGGAGAGAGGAGACGGGAGGUUUUUAUUCAUUCUCUGGAGCUGGGACACACAGCCGGAACCCGAGCCCUUAAAUCCAUGGGAGCUGCCGGCAAAAGGUUUGGAAUCGAUGAGGAGCGGGAAGCUGUGCCUUUGACGCUGAGCGUCACCUACAACAAAGUGGCUAUGAGUAGGAGGACCCAAAGGGUCCACAGAGAAGUGGUGUGCACGUCCAUCAAUCUUUACAAAACCUGCCAGGAAGCGGACCUACUUGAUUUAAAAGAUGGUCUGCACAUGACCAUGACUGAGGUUUUGAAGAGGCAGUGCUCCAAGUCUAAGAAGAGCUUCAACCAGCUCAUCUUAAUAUCAAAAGCAAAAGUGGUCAACGUGCAGGUUAUCGCUGGAAAUGAUGGAACCACCUUUACUGUUUGUCUGGAUCAGGACGAAAAGAAGUUUAUCCAAGGUGUCACCAGGUGUGAGGUGUCCCUGUGCUGUAAAUCUGGAGCCGGGUCAGACUGGACCUCCUACAAGCCGUUCCCAGGCCAGGUACAGCCUGUGGAGCCGACCUACUGCUCUCUGCUCUGCCUUCCCAUCACCUGUUUCUCUGCCUCGUGUCCAUGACGUACACCGACUGUAUUCCAAGAAAAGAGAUCAGUAAAAGGAACUUAGAUGUUUAUUUAUUUUAGGCUUUGUUUGCAAAUCUAGGACGGCGUCACACUCAGGAGGAUGUUCUGGUGACAGAAAAUCCAUUUUCCAUCAUGGUGGCUUACUCCUUUUAGGAAUAACAAAUGUCACUAAUCUUCAUCAGAAGAAAACUUCUGCUUUUAGGUACAAACAUGUGUACUGUUGUUUACAUUUUGGCAAUCAAGUUCAAUAAAAUUAGUUCAAAAGUACAUCUAUUUUGAUAAUGUGUUUUUAAAAAAGGAAUCAAAUUGCUUUUUGUUGGUCUGAAGUUUAAAUAAAAUGAUGCCUCGUUUCUGUG